AUGGACAGAUGGUCUAGCCUGCCCAAGCUUGCAGAUCAAAUUCCAGGUGUUUCUCCAAUAGGACAAUAUACAACUCUUUUGCCUUUGCUGGUUAUUCUUGCAAUUUCAGGCAUCAAAGAGGUUGUAGAAGAUUAUAAACGGUAUAUGGCAGACAAAGUAGUUAACUCAAAGACCACUUCAGAUGGUGGAAGUAACCAGGGUGGUCCUGGCACAGGGUGCCUGGAUGGGGAGAGUGGAACCCCCGAGUCUCUUCAGGGAGACUGCACCUCACGGGUCUCUUUUUGGAACCACGCGUCUGACUUGAGCACCUGUGUCAUUACUGGCUCUGCUCUGGGGAAAAAGAACCCAAGAGUUGGAGAAAUCAUGAGUGACACCCAGAGGCACAAAGAUAAUUCUAUUGAAUUGGAAGUUAAGAGAGCCACCUGUCCACUUUYGGCUCCUCAUGGCCUUGAAUCAACAGUGUUCAGACAGAAUUCAUGGCAUGUGAUUAAGUGGCAUGAGGCAUCAUUAGAAGUUGCUGGAAUAAUAAAGGAAGGACAAUUGGUAAACCUAGAUGGAAAAAUUGAAUGUGAAGAACCUGAUCGUCAGUUUAAUAACUUUGUUGGAACCUUGUAUUUAAGGGGUAAAAGUCCUAUUUCAGUUGGUCCCGACCAGAUGUUGCUGAGAGGUACCCAGCUGAAAAAUACACAGUGGAUCAUUGGUGUAGUCAUUUACACUGGAUUUGAAACCAAAUUGAUGCAGAAUUCCGUCAAAUCACCUCUCAAGAGAUCACAGGUUGAGAAAGUAACCAACAUGCAGAUCCUCAUUUUGUUGCUAYUACUCUUUGGGAUAUCUGCAGUGAGCUGUGUGGGGGCCACAAUCUGGAACAAAAUGUACCUGGAAAACAUUUGGUACAUGGGAAUUAGUGGUAUCACCCCACACAACCAUGUGUUUGAUAUACUGGUAUUCAUUAUCUUGUACCAUAACCUUGUUCCCAUCAGUCUGCUGUUAACUCUGGAAACUGUGAAAUUCAUUCAGGCCCAGUUUAUAAACUGGGAUGAAGAUAUGCAUUACGAACAAAAUGAUCUUUAUGCCAUGGCCAGAACAUCCAACCUCAAUGAAGAGCUUGGGCAGGUAAAAUAUUUAUUUUCUGAUAAAACAGGAACCCUCACUUGCAAUACAAUGGCAUUUAAGAAGUGUACCAUUGCAGGCAUAAUUUAUGGGGGUUUCCCCUCCCCCACUAAGCAGCCAGGCAUGGACUCCUGGUCAAAAGUAAUCUUCUGUAUUCUUCCUCAUAGUCGAGCAUCUUUCUGUGAAUUUAAUGACCCUAAAUUAUUGGAGAACUUUGAGGAUGGUCAUCCCUCAUCAGAAUACAUUAAGGAAUUCCUUACCCUCUUAUGUGUGUGCCACACAGUUAUUCCUGAGAGAUGUGGAAAUGAUAUACUCUACCAGGCUUCCUCCCCAGAUGAAGCUGCUUUAGUGAAAGGAGCAAAAAAACUUGGCUUUGUUUUCACCACAAGAACACCUUAUUCUGUCACCAUAGAAGUUAUGACAGAAACACACACUUUUGAAAUCCUUAACAUCCUGGAGUUCUCUAGCAAUAGAAAAAGGAUGUCAAUAAUUGUACGGACUCCUGCAGGACAUCUUCGGCUAUACUGCAAAGGGGCAGACACAGUGAUUUAUGAGAGACUUUCAAAAGAUUCCCUAUUUGUGGAGGACACAUUAAAACAUUUGGAAAUUUUUGCCACAGAAGGUCUGAGGACUCUCUGUAUUGCCUAUACUGAUUUAACUGAGACAGAGUACCAAGAUUGGUUGCAGGAGUAUAAAAAAGCUAGUGCAAUUUCACAAAACAGAAUUCAAAGACUGGAGGAAUGCUAUGAGAUUAUUGAAAAGGAAUUUCUGCUGCUUGGAGCCACAGCCAUAGAAGAUCGUCUUCAAGCAAAUGUUCCAGAGACUAUAUCAACUCUACUGAAAGCAAACAUAAAAAUAUGGGUCUUGACGGGAGAUAAACAAGAAACUGCAGUUAACAUAGCAUUUUCCUGCAAACUGAUAUCAAGUACCACACCUCGUAUUUAUUUGAAUGCAGAUUCAUUUGAGGCAGCACAACAAGCAAUUAACCAUAACUGUGGAGAUCUUGGAAACUUAUUAGGUAAAGAGAACGACUUGGCCCUAAUUAUUGAUGGUGAAACAUUGAAGUAUGCCUUAAGGUUUGAAAUUCAGAAGAAGUUCCUAGAUUUGGCCCUUUCAUGUAGAGCAGUAUUAUGUUGUAGGCUAUCUCCCCUCCAGAAAGCUGAAAUAGUGGACUUGGUGAAGAAGCGUGAAGAGGCCAUCACUCUUGCUGUUGGGGAUGGUGCCAACGAUGUGGGGAUGAUCCGGAUGGCCCAUGUGGGAGUGGGGAUCAGUGGGAAUGAGGGCAUGCAGGCCACCAACAACUCAGAUUACUCCAUUGCUCAGUUUAGAUACUUGGAGAAGCUUCUGUUGGUUCAUGGAACUUGGAACUAUUUUCGAGUGACCAAAUGCAUAUUGUAUUCUUUCUACAAGAAUGUAGUGCUAUACAUUAUUGGGCUUUGGUUCUCCUUUGUUAAUGGAUUCUCUGGGCAGAUUAUAUUUGAGCAUUGGUGCAUCAGCUUGUACAAUGUGAUUUUCACUUCAUUACCACCUUUAACUCUGGGAAUCUUUGAGAAAUGUUGCAGUCAAAAGAGCCUCCUGGAGUAUCCACAACUCUACACAGUUUUUCAGACAGGGGAAAUGUUUAACACAAAGAUUUCUGAUACUAAGAAAGAUAUGAUAUUGCGACAUGGUUACACCACAGACUAUUUAUUUCUUGGAAAUUUUAUUUAUACGUAUGUAGUUGUUACUGUUUGUCUGAAAGCUGGGCUGGAGACAACAUCUUGGAAUAGAUUUAGUCAUGUGGCAAUUUGGGGAAGCAUAAUAAGCUGGAUGCUGUUUUUCUCAGUUUACUCUUUCUUCUGGCCCAUCUUCUCUGUGGCUCCUGAAAUGACAGGACAGAUCAAUAUGGUUCUGAGUUGUCCACACUUCUGGAUGGGUUUUUUGUUAGUCCCUACUACCUGCCUGAUUCAGAAUUUUUUCUGGAAAUUGAUUAAAAAUACCUACAAAAGAGGUCUUCUAGAAGAAAUUCAGGAGCUGGAAAGCAGAAAAGAUAGAAUAUUGGAACAUAGUGAGAUUUUUGAAAAGAGGAUGACAGCAGCAAGUCUCGCAGUGUCCUUUAGUACACAGCCCUGUGAGAUUUUCUUCCGGGAUGAUUCUGUUGAUCUAAGUGCCCCACGUACUGUCCUGUCUGCUUUCCAAAAGACAUCCACUGAUGUUUCCUCAGAACCAUUCAUACCAUCCAUGGUUAUACAGGAAGUACCAGUUUCAGUUACAAGUGUCCUCCUCAAGAUUCAGACAUUUGCAGGGCCUCUCCUCUUGAAUGCCAAUGGAAAAAGGGAAUCGGGGACCCGGGAGGCCACUGUUUGGGUUGUUCAGUCUAGUCUCAGCCAUUUCCCCCUCACCAUCCAAGUUCACGGUCCACGUUCCUCAUUACGGACUCCUUCCACCCUUCGGGCUCCUAGCAACUUCCGGUUUGCGGGCGGCCACAAGUCAGGACAGGGGCGGGGAGCGGUGACCCGGGACGAGCUGGGGGGGAGAGAGGCGGGGCGUAGCGAGGGGCGGGGCGCCGAGGGCGGAGGCGGGGCGGGGCGUAGGGAGGGGCGGGGCGCCGAGGGCGGAGGCCGGGCGGGAGGAGGGCAGCGGAUCCGAGAGAGUUGUAGCGAGGGGCGGGGCGCAGAGAGACCCAGCGUCCUCGGGUCCGCGUUCCGCUCAGGGAGGGGUCGAUUUUGCUCAGAAUUUUCCUGCAGAACUGAAAGGGGUAGGGAGAGAACUGAAAGGGAGAUGAAGAGCCGAGGAGAAUGUUCUUGA